AUGGCUAAAGCAAACAAUCAAACUCAAGUUAUAUCGAGGCGUAAAUUGGCUCUUGUAAUUGGCGUGGAGGAUUAUAAAUAUUGCAAAAAAUUACAACAUGCUAAAAACGAUGCAAAUUCGAUGGAAUCUACGCUGCAAAGUAUUGGUUUUAUUGUGACCAAGAAAAUCAAUUCAACACAUGAUGAAAUUGAAACUGUUCUUCUGAAGUUUAAACAAUCCGUACAAAAAGGCGACAUGAUCUUAUUUUAUUUUGCUGGACAUGGAAUACAAUGUGAAGAUCAAAACUUUCUAAUACCAAAAGAACAAGAUGAGAAUGAUGAUAAUAAUUUUCGACGAAGUAUGCUUUCUCUAAAUAAAUCGACAAUUCAAACAAAAGAUAAUAAUGCUAUAAAUUAUGAAAAUUUAAAACGAUACAUGAUUCAUGUACAAAGCUUUAUGGAAGAUUUCAGCAAUCGACUUCCAUUUGUGACAAUAUGUUUGUUGGAUUGUUGUCGAGUUUAUUACUUUCGUAAUCCUAAUAUAGAAAAAAUGAUAACACGAAAUCCCUUUGCAAAUACCGAUAAAAUCAAUGAUUUUAAAAGAGUUAGUAAUGUUGGAUCCGUAUUUGGAUUUGCCUGUGCAGCUGGCGCCGAAGCAUAUGAUAAUCAAAAAGAAGGGAAUGGAUUAUUUACAAAACAUCUUCUGAAUCAUAUUACCAAGCCUAAUAUAGAUAUUUUAAUGGUAUUGCGUGCUGUUACUGUAGCAGUGACAGAGGAAUCAAAAUCACAACAAAUACCAUAUUGCACUUUUUCAUUAUCAACUAAUGACAUUCACAUUGAAGAAAUACCAGCAGAGAGCAAGAUAAAUAAUAUUGUUACAGAGACAGAAACACUGAAGCGUGUUAAACCUCAAAUACCAAAUGUUUCGAAAAAUGAUCGAUAUCAAUAUCUUUCCCAUCCACCAACCGAUCCAACUCGAAUGAAACCUAUCAAUGGCGCGCCAGAGAAAGCUAUGGCUGCCUCGAGCAAUUUUCUGGUCGUUUUUACUGAUAAUAAUAUAUCAACGUUCCAUCGUAGUUUGUCUGAGAAAAAAUAUAAUAAAUGGAAUGAUGGACUUAUCAUUGAUAUUUCAUUUUGCUCUCCUAAUAUUGGGUUUAUUCUUUUGACUGAAAGUAAAAUUUUCAAAUUUUCAGCUCGAAAUCAUAAUCAUAUUCAUCUUGCAAAUAUUCAACCUUAUGAAGACAAUAUCUUCUCUCAUUGUACAUCGAAUGGACAAUCAUUGCUUAUUUCUUAUAAAAUUCCCGGUACACCGAUUGAUGAAAUUCACACAUCUACUUGGAAACUUAAAAAACGAUGGAAAUCAUCAGACAUAUGCAAAUGCGACGAAUAUAUAAACUGUCUAAGAUAUUCUUCAGAUUUGUCCGUAAUUGGCAUUACACUUUAUUCAAAACCUAGAAUGCGAUUUGAGUUGCAUGAUAGUAACAUGAAUACUCUUCGAAGUGUAUCCAUCGGUGAAAUAGGAUGUUGUGGUUUUACAGCAAUACCACAAUCAAGUUGGCUUCUAAGUGACGGACAUUUUCUAUACAUUAUCGAUGAAAAUUGUACUUUGACAAAAAUUGAACGUCAAAAUACUCACGGAACCUACAAUGACGCCGGCAACGUAGCCGUCUUCGCCGAUGGAAUCGUUGUAAUUCGAUCUCAGAGGGCUUUAUAUUUUUAUUAA